CCUUUGGAUGAAUAUGAAAGUUGAAGUAAAGACCAAAAAAGAUCAUGAAGCUCGACAAUUCAAGUUCAAGCCUCGUGCAUUUAAGAUAGAGAACAUAAUGGAAAUUGACAUAUCAACUCUUGGUGGUUCAUUAGAAAAUGAGAUACUUUCAGAAUGGCAGGAAUUGCUUUCUGAUGAAAAAGUUGCUGAAAAGAGAAAUGCGUGGAAGUGGAUUGGAGGGACCCAUUCCAUCAAACAUAUCCCUUUUGAAUCAAUUAACUGAAUUGAGAAUCAGUGACAUAAAUGGGAUGGCUCAGGAAUUUCCUACCUUGAGCAACACUACAGGGCUAGUAAGAUUGGUUUUGAGAAACUGCAACAUUUCUGGUGAAAUCCCGAAAUAUAUUUGGAAAAUGAUGAAUCUACAAAUGUUGUAAGUAAAGCAUGUUAAGCUUUGGUGAAUGAUUUUUAUUUGACCUUUAGUGUUUUCAUCAAUGUAUAAUUGAUUACACGACCAAAGCGAUUUAAUUUUCCAUCCUGUUAUUGUUAUU